AUGGCACUUAAAAAGCGAACAAACAAUAACAAUAACAAAAGUGUAAUUGUUGAUUUGAGAAAAAACACAAUUCUAACAGAAACCUCAAAUACUAAAAUUAAAAGGAAAAAAAAAAAAAAUGAAAGGCUUCCAGAUUUUUCAUGUUUACAAAAAUUGAUAUACGAACAAAAGAAGGACAAUUUUGUACAUUUAUUUUCCUUUAAUGAUCCAAAAAUUAAAGAGAAAAUUGACAAAUUUAAUAGUAUACUUGAAAACAGAAAAGAACAUUAUAGUAGUGAAACAAAGAAAGAAGACGUAAUAGCUAAAAAUUUUUGUGAGACAUCAACAUUUGGUUAUACAUUUAUUGAUAAAAUUCAAAACCUUCCAAAUCAAGAUGAUAUAAAUGAUUUAAUACAGCAUGAUGAAGAAGAAGACGGGGAUGAAGAUUACUCAGACGAAGGAAAUGAAACAGAAGGUCAAGGAAACGAAAGGGGAGGAAUAAAAAGACGGAAUGAUAUUUCAGAUAAAUAUAUUUCAGACGAGAAAAAUGGAAAAGAAAAGGAUGGACAUUAUGGUGAUAAUAAUUCUACUUAUAGUAAUAAUAAUAAUAAUCAAUGGAAUGAAAACAACAUUUUUAAUAAACAAUGUAUAGUAAAUAUGAAAAAAAAAGAUAAAAUAUUAGAUCAAUUAAAAUCGACAUUUGAUGAGUUCAAAAUAAAUACUCUUACCAUUCAACAAAAACCAAUUAGUGUGAUAGAUGAAAAUGGAAAAGAAAAAAAAAAAUUAUUUAUUUUUAAUAUGAAUAAUAAUAAUGGUGGGAAAAAUAAAAAUGAAAAAAGACGAAUUCAAAUUAUAUACGAUAAAAAUGAAAAUACAAAUUUACAAGGAAAAACACAAAAUGAGACAAAUAAAAAUACAACAGUUGAUAAUCCAUUAUGUAACAAUGAACAAACAAAAGAACCAGAAGAAAAUAUAAUAGAAUUAAUAAACAAAAUAAAUGAUCAAAAAGAAUCUUAUUUAUAUUUUGCAGUUAAAGAUAAUAAAUUAUUAUUAAAUAAAAAUAAUGAUUAUUUUAGUAUUAUGAUGCAUUAUUUAUGUGAAAGAUCAAUAGACACAAAUAUACAAAUGCUAUAUUAUAUUAUUAUGAAGCCACGAAAUAUGGAUAUGUUGCUUUAUUUAAUUUUAACUUAUUAUAAAUUUUCAUUUGCAGAUAUAUUAGAACAAUUUGAAAAUAUAUCAAUUAAUAAUAUUAUUGAAAGUGCAUUUGAGGAAAUAUCUCUUUAUGAUUAUUAUUAUUAUUUUUUUCACACUCUUGAAGUUUCACAUGAGCAAUACUAUAUGUCAUUAGAAUUAUUUAAUGGAAUGAAAUUAAUGAUAAAUAAGUAUAACUUUUUUUUGAAUAGAAUGCAUCGAAAUUCGAUUUUUGCAAAAGCAAAGUUUGUUUUAGGUAUGGGUGAUAUACAAAAUGUCAAAGACGUUUUCUUACCUCGAUCUUCCCCAAUUCAAAAUCGGGAAAAUGGAAAUUGCAAAAAAAACCAAGUACCAAAUAAAGAAGUAGACAAAAAAGAGGAAGAGGAGGAUGACGAUCCAAAUGGGUUGAAUCGAAAAAAUGGAACAUUACAAUAUAUAUUAAACACAAAAAUGGAUUUUAUAAACUAUCAGCAAAAUAAUUUUUUUAGUGAGACACAUUGGAAUGAAAUUGAUAAUUAUAAUCAUUUGAGUAGUUUAGAUAAGUUGGUAUAUUUUACAAAAGAUUUAUAUUAUAAAUUUACAAAAAAAAAUAUUAAAAAUAAAUUAAAAGAAAUAACAUGUGAACAAAAACAUUAUGACAAGGUACAAAUAAUUGAACAUUGUAAAAAAAAUAUUCCAGCAUAUAAAAAAAAUGUACAAUAUAUGAACUUCUUAGGAGUAUAUUCUCAUUCUUUUAUUUGGCAAAUAUAUUGUACACAAUUAGAAAUAUUUUGUGCAUUAAAAUUUAAACGGAUUCAUUCUAUAAAUACGGGUAGCAAUUCACAAUUAGAGAAGUUAAAAGAAUUUUUUUGCGAGCCUAGUAGAGAGCAUACAAAAAAAGAAACAAAACUUGUUAGUACCAAUUUAAAUGAAAUUGAAAAUUAUAAAAAUGGUUGUAGACAUAUUUAUGAUCUAAAACAGAUCGAAAAAGAAAUGAAUACAAGUCUUGAAGUUUUAAAAAAUUAUGUUGAAAAAAAUAAAAUCGAAAAUAUAUUUUUUCCAAUUUCAAUUGAAAUAGAAAAUGAACUAGUAGAAAAAACAAAAUAUAUAAAUGGGACACCAUUAAAUGAAUUUAUAUAUAAUGAAUUUUUAUCAGGAAUUGAUUUGAAAUUAAGAGUUUUUAAAUUAAAAUGUAUAAUGAUAAAGAUUAUAAAAAUGAUAUUAAAAUUGUUAGAUUUAAAUAUUUUAAUUACAUUAAAAUGUUCAAGAAUAUUCCUUAAAGAAGAUAGUUUGAUUUUAAAUAUUGGAGGGCCAUUAGGUUUACUUUCAAAGGAGGCUCUUGAUUUUGUUCUCUAUAAUAUUGAUGAAACUAUUGCUAUUAAAACGUAUAGUAAAAAUAUAUUUUAUUAUAUUCCUCCUGAAGUUAAAGCAAAUCUCAAACAGUUUAAUUCGGGACUCACUGCUCAUCCAAACAUAAAAUCAAUAGGUGACAAUAUUUCAAACAAUUUUCAACCCAAUAUAAAUACAAAUUAUUGUAAUGCUUUUUAUUUUCAAGAUCAGGUGAAAUUACAAAAAGCAUAUUCCUAUAUGGUUGGUAAAAUAUUUGAAGAAACCCUUAUCGAUACAUUUACAGGAGAUAAAUUUGAUUAUUUAAAUUUUGAUGAAGAGAUUAAAGACUUUUUAAUGUGUUGUUUGGAAAAAAAUGUUGAAAAUAGAGAGCCACUUGAAAAGUUAUUGAAUCAUAAAUGUUUUUCAGAUUGUUUUGAUCUAUAUAUAAACAUCUAUGAUGAUAAUAUUAAUUCAUAUAAAAAUGAUAAAGAAAAGGCAAUCCGAUUAAAGGAUUUGAAUUAUAUUAAUAAUUUUGAUUAUAAUAUAUUUACAAUUCCUUCAGAUCAUUCGUCGGCUGACUUUUCUUUUUCUGAUUCUAGACAGCUCAACACGUCGAGUCAGUACACCGUCUCGAACUCGUAG